AUGGAACAUGAAAUGAUGAGAAAAGAUAAUACAUUUAAUAAUAUCUUUAAAGAUGAUAUUCAAAUUUUAUUAGAGAAAACAAUUCAAUAUGGUUUCAUUGAUAUUUUAAAAUAUCUAUUAGAUAAAUUAGGUAAUAAUUUAAUUCCUUUUCAAGUUUUAAAAAUUAUAAUUUUACCAAAUUUAGUUAAACAUGGUUCAAUUUCAACUUUAGAUUUCAUAUUAAAAAGAUUUAAUGAGAAUAAUAAUAAUAAUAUAGAUUCAUCAAAUAAUAAUAAUAAUAAUAACAAUAAUAAUAAUAGUAGUAAUAAUUAUAACUAUGGUGGUGAAAAUGAAAUUAAAUUAAAAAAAUCACACAUAAUAAUGGCAAUAAGAUAUAGACAACAACAUAUGAUUAGAUAUAUUUAUAUGAAAAAACCAAAAUUAUUUAUUGAUCCAAAGAAAUUCAUAAGUUAUAAUAGUAGUAAUAAUUUAAAUAAUAUUUCCAAUAAUAAUAACAGUUUAAAUUAUAAUAGUAAUAAUAGUAAUAAUAAUAAUAAUAAUAAUAAUAAUAAUAAUAAUGUUAAUAAUAAUAUUAUAAAUAGUAGCGGUAGUAAUGGUUAUUUAAGUAAUUUCGCUGGUAGUAGUAAUGUUGGUGGAGGUAUUGGAUACACCAGUUUGAAUAAUUCAAAUAAUGGAAAUGGUAGCAUUAGUAAUAGUAAUAGUAGUAAUAGUAUUCAUAGUGAUAAUAGUAAUGAUGACAUUAUUGCAAAUGUAAAUAAUACAAUUUGUAGUCUUACAAAUGGAUCAUAUCAUACUUGUAACUCUCAAGAAUUAUGCGUAAUAACAAAUGAUAUUAAUCAAUAUUUCAUUUCACUUUGUUAA